AUGUCGAUGCUGCCGUCGUUUGGCUUCACGCAGGAGCAGGUCGCCUGCGUGUGCGAGGUGCUGCAGCAAGGGGGGAACCUGGAGAGGCUGGGCCGCUUCCUCUGGUCGCUGCCGGCCUGCGACCACCUGCACAAGAACGAGAGCGUCCUCAAGGCCAAGGCGGUGGUGGCCUUCCACCGCGGCAACUUCCGCGAGCUCUACAAGAUCCUGGAGAGCCACCAGUUCUCGCCCCACAACCACCCCAAGCUGCAGCAGCUCUGGCUGAAGGCGCACUACGUGGAAGCCGAGAAGCUGCGGGGCAGACCCUUGGGCGCCGUCGGCAAAUACCGCGUCCGCCGAAAAUUCCCUUUGCCCCGCACCAUCUGGGACGGCGAGGAAACCAGCUACUGCUUCAAGGAGAAAUCCCGGGGCGUGCUGCGGGAAUGGUACGCCCACAACCCCUACCCGUCCCCGCGGGAGAAGCGGGAGCUGGCGGAAGCCACCGGCCUCACCACCACCCAGGUCAGCAACUGGUUCAAGAACAGAAGGCAGCGGGACCGAGCGGCGGAGGCGAAGGAAAGAGAGAACACGGAAAACAACAACGCGGCCACCAACAAACCGAACCAACUCUCGCCUCUGGACGGGAGCAAACCGCUCAUGUCCAGCUCCGAGGAAGAGUUUUCUCCUCCCCAAAGCCCGGAUCAGAACUCGGUCCUGCUCUUGCAGGGGAACCUCAGCCACGCCAGGAGCUCCGGCUAUUCCCUGAGCGGCUUGGCCGCAUCCCAGACCCCGCACAGCCUGCAAGGCCACCAGCUCCAGGACUCGCUGCUGGGACCCCUCACGUCCAGCCUGGUGGAUCUGGGAUCCUAAAGGGCCUCGCCGGAGGAUCGGGAGAGGAGGUUCUGCUCGGGGACAGAGGCUCUGGGUUGUACAUAGAGGACAGCACCCGGUUUUACAGGUCACCCGCUGAUUGCUAACGGGACUCUCGUCUCUUUUCACACAACCCCACACCGGCUCUUGCUCCAGUUCCCCCUCAGCGUCUCCCACUGUCACCACGAUUUUUUAAUUAUUGUUUUUUUCCACGUAGCCAAACGCAGAGAGCGGCAAUACCCCUCAUCAGCCCUUGGAGCUCAAACGAGAUCGUCCCAACGGGAAUUACAAAAAAAAAAAAAAAAA